AUGAGCAACGAACUGCGUCAGCCGAAUUACGACCCGUUUAUAUACUCAAAAUCACAAGUGCCUCCGCCAGACUUCAAUGACGAACUAGAUGAUGGUCUCGUGAAAGACAAAUUCAAGGAUUUUGCUGACAAAACUACAGCACAUGGUGCUAAGCGGAUUCUGAUAGCCCACAAUGGCAUCAGUAGAAUGUUCUGGAUGGGCUUGAUAGUGGUCUUUCUAACUUUAUUUCUCUAUCAAGCCACUACGCUUGUUUUGAAAUACAAAAAACACGAUAAAAUUACGAGUAUAUCGGUACUGUUCAGUCACUGA